CUGAAUUCAAUAUACUAAACUAAAUAUAUUUCUUCAAAACAAAAAAAAACCUAUUUUUCAUGUUCGGUUUGGCCGCUCUGCCUGUAGUCUUCUUUACUCCUUUCUUCUUCUCAUUUCUCGCCACUUCAUAUUACUAUUCUUCAAUCCAAUAACAAGAACCCUAAUUCUGAUUUACCCUUUAGCUAAAGAUUCGAUCUUUUCCACCAAAGGAAAGGAGGGUAUUUUCAGGGAGAGCUUCAAUGAUCAAACAAGCCCUGUUUUGGGAAUCUUCAGCCUAGGGUUUGCUCGAAGGUCCUUCAUUUCUCCCUAGUUAAAAAAAAAAAAAGGUUUGGGUUCUUAUUUCUUGCUCUUGUGUUCGGGUUAUUUAUUUAUUUAUUUUUUGUUUGUGGUGAAUUCUAGAGAUGAGAAUUUGAUUUUGUAAUUGGCUGAAUUGGCUAAAUUUAGAAAUAUUAGGAUUACUUGAUUUGGUUCGAUUUUCAAUUGUCUUAUUGGCAUUGGAAUCCAUAAUUUUACUCCAAUUUGGAGCAGUGUAGAUUCUGAUUUUUAGAUUGAAUUAAUGAGAAGCUUUUAUUUUGGUUGUUCUCAGUUUUCUUUGUUUUACUUUUUCUGGUAGUGAGUAAAUUAGGUGAGAUGGCUGGGAGCUGGGAUGGAAGUUUUGACCAGGGAAGCCAAUCGGAUGAUAGUUAUCUUUUUGAGAGACUGCACAUAGAGCCCAUUUAUGAUGCAUUUGUUUGCCCUUUGACAAAGCAAGUUAUGCGUGACCCUGUGACCCUCGAAAAUGGACAAACAUUUGAACGUGAAGCAAUUGAAAAAUGGUUCAAGGAAUGUAAAGAGAGUGGAAGGAAGCCUGUAUGCCCAUUGACACUUAAAGAACUAAAAAGUAUGGAUCUGAACCCAAGUAUGGCUUUGCGGAACACCAUUGAGGAGUGGACUGCUAGGAAUGAAGCUGCUCAACUGGAUAUGGCUCAUAGAUCAUUAAAUAUGGGCAGUUCAGAAAGUGAUGUUCUCCAGGCCCUGAAGUAUAUUCAGCAUAUUUGCCAAAAGAGCCGAUCAAAUAAGCAUGUCGUACGCAAUUCUGAGCUUAUACCCAAGAUUGUUGAUUUGUUAAAGAGCGGCAGCCGUCAAGUUCGGUGUAGAGCAUUGGAGACUCUUCGGAUAGUAGUGGAGGACGAUGAUGAUAAUAAGGAAAUAUUGGGUGAGGGGGACACUGUUCGUACAAUAGUUAAGUUCUUGUCACAUGAACUAUCUAAGGAGAGGGAGGAGGCUGUCUUUUUGCUAUAUGAGCUUUCCAAAUCUGAAGCCUUGUGCGAGAAGAUUGGUUCAAUUAAUGGAGCCAUUCUUAUAUUGGUAGGAAUGACAAGCAGCAAGUCAGAGAAUGUUUUGACUGUUGAGAAGGCUGAUAUGACACUGGAAAACUUGGAGAAGUUUGAAAACAAUGUCCGACAGAUGGCUGAAAAUGGUAGACUGCAGCCGCUUUUGAAGUUAAUCCUUGAAGGCACACCAGAAACAAAGCUUUCUAUGGCUUCAUACCUUGGUGAGCUGGUUCUAAAUAAUGAUGUGAAAGUCCAUGUAGCAAGAACAGCAGGUGCAUCCCUUAUCAGUAUCAUGAAAAGCGGCAAUGUGGAAUGCAGAGAAGUUGCUCUUAAAGCUCUUAACCAAAUCUCAUCAUAUGAGGCAAGCUCUAAGGUGUUAAUUGAGGCAGGAAUAGUUCCCCCUCUUGUCAAGGACCUAUUUACUGUUGGUGCCAAUCAGCUUCCCAUGCGACUGAAAGAGAUCUCUGCAACAAUUCUUGCAAAUGUUGUAAACUCGGGCUAUGAUGUAGAUUCCAUUCCUGUUGGAUCUGACCACCAGACUCUAGUUUCUGAAGAUAUCGUCCAUAACUUACUGCAUCUAAUCAGCAAUACUGGUCCAGCAAUUGAGUGCAAACUUCUUCAAGUUCUAGUUGGACUCACUAGUUCAGAGACAACAGUUCACAAUGUUGUUGCUGCAAUUAAAAGCUCAGGUGCUACUAUCAGUUUGGUUCAGUUUAUUGAGGCUCCCCAGAAAGACUUGCGUGUUUCAUCUCUAAAACUUCUCCAGAACCUCUCUCCAUACAUGGGUCAGGAAUUAGCAGAUGCCCUACGUGGAACAGUUGGUCAGCUUGGCAGCCUAAUCAAAGUCAUAUCUGAAAUUACUGCAAUAAGUGAAGAGCAGUCAGCAGCUGCUGGCCUUUUAGCUGAACUCCCAGAGAGGGAUUUGGGACUCACACGACAAAUGCUAGAUGAAGGUGCAUUUCAGUUGAUCAUCUCUCAAGUAGUCAGAAUCCGACAAGGAGUGCCUAGGGGCACCCGCUUCGUGACACCAUUUCUAGAAGGACUUGUGCAUGCUCUAGCUCGGGUGACAUUUGCCUUGGCAGAUGAACCUGAUGCAAUUGCCCUUUGCCGUGAGCACAAUCUUGCUCAAUUAUUUAUUGAUUUGCUUCAGGCCAAUGGACUUGACAAUGUGCAAAUGGCUUCUGCCACAGCACUAGAGAACUUAUCACUGGAGUCCAAAAACUUGACCAAAUUGCCAGACUUGCCAAUGCCGGGUUUUUGUGCCUCUAUCUUUCCAUGUUACAGCAAACCGACAGUUAUAACAGGAUUGUGCAAGAUCCACCGAGGAACUUGUUCACUAAGAGAGAGCUUCUGUCUUUAUGAAGGACAGACUGUAGGGAAGUUGGUGGCUCUCCUGGACCACACAAAUGAGAAGGUGGUUGAGGCAGCACUUGCUGCCCUAUCCACGUUGCUAGAUGAUGGGGUUGACAUUCAGCAAGGAGUUGUGGUAUUGUGUGAGGCAGAAGCAAUCAGACCAAUACUUGAUGUUUUACUCGAGAAUCGAACAGAGAACUUGAAGAGAAGAGCAAUUUGGGUAGUUGAGAGACUUCUACGGACUGAUGAAAUUGCAUAUGAAGUCUCUGGAGAUCCAAAUGUCAGUACAGCGCUUGUUGACGCUUUCCAGCAUGGUGAUUAUAGAACCAGGCAGAUAGCUGAGCAUGCACUAAAGCAUGUCGACAAGAUUCCCAACUUCUCUGGAAUAUUUCCGAACAUGUGAUAGAUUCAGUAUGAAUGCAUUUUUUAGAGUUGGUAUAUGAAUGCGGUUGCAAAACCAUCAAACUGCAAGUAGAUAUUGCUGUACACAAAUUUCCCAUUUGUAGAGUGUUCCAUUGUUCUUAAUGAUGUCAUUUUCAUUAAUAUCCAUUUCUUUACGUGAUACCAAUAUUCUUUUGGCAUUAAGAAGGCUUUUUGUCGGUCUAUUAAUGGUAAGUUUGUUA